AGCACCUGCCAGUACUUCGCCAAGUGGUCCCGCGAUCUCUUCAGAAGUUCGUCUGUUCAUCAGUCUCUCCAGCUGCAAUUUGCAAUUUGUUAUCUUAUAUAGCGUCGCCAUGAAGCCCGCAAUUCUUGGUCUCUUGAUGGUUCUCUUCGCCGGCGCAUACCUGGCACAGGACAUUAACGACCAAAGCAAAGGCUGCACUGACGAAGAAGGUUGUGUCGAGGGUCCACCAGGCGCAGGAGAGCCACUGCACCGCGUUGCUAGACAAACCCACGAGUGUUCAAGAACCCCUGAGAACUGUAAACAGCUUAACGGAAUUUGCAUUCAUAAUGGUGAUACCUGUAUCGGUGACAAGCAGAGAAGCCUUUGUGAGGAUGAGGACUGCACCUGCUGCAAGAAACACGUGUGCGUCAAAACGCCAAAAAAAUGUUUGAAAAAUAAUGGCGUGUGCAUAAACCUCAUGGACGAGUGUGCUGGUAGGAAAAACGACACCCUCUGCAACAAUGACCACUGCACGUGUUGCCAGAAGCACGUGUGCCAGAAUACACCGAAGACGUGUUCUGACAAGAAUGGCGUGUGCAUAAACAUCAUGGACGAAUGUCCUGGUACAAAGAAUGACACUCUUUGCAACAAUCGCCACUGCACGUGUUGCAUUCCUGCCUAGAAAGGUUUCAUCCUUUCGAUGCAUCUCAUUUCUGUGUCUUUGAAGAUAUGUAAAUUUCAAAAUCAUGAAUAAAAUUCAGAAUACUUCCAUAAACU